UCGGUGACACAGUGCUCGAUAGGUACAGCGAACUGUAAGAGAAAUGCUCUAAAUUAACACCAUUAUAAGAAGCUAUGGAACCCCCAGACGCAUUUUACGUCAAGGCAGAGUACAUAGAAACAGCAUCAGGGAACAAAGUCAGCCGGCAGUCGGUCCUGUGCGGCAGUCAAAACAUAGUACUCAAUGGCAAGUCCAUCAUCCAUUCCGACUGCAUCAUCAGAGGUGACCUGGCCAACGUCCGAAUUGGCCGGAGCUGUGUCAUAGGUCAAAGGACAGUCAUCCGUCCACCCUUCAAGAAGUUCAGUAAAGGUGUGGCAUUCUUUCCUCUACACAUCGGAGACCAUGUGUUUAUUGAAGAAGACUGCAUUGUUAAUGCAGGACAAGUGGGUUCCUAUGUACACAUUGGAAAAAAUUGUGUCAUAGGUAGGAAGUGUGUACUGAAGGACUGUUGUGCCGUAGCUGAUAAUACUUACUUGCCUCCGGAGACCGUGGUUCCUCCAUUCACACUGGUCUCAGGAAAACCAGGUGUGAUUGCCGGUGAGCUACCAGAGUGCACCCAAGACCUGAUGGUGGACUUCACACGGGGGUACUACUCUCAUUUCCUUUCGGUCCAAGAAGUCAAAUGAAAAAUGAUAAUCCUUAUCUGCUGUACAUUAAAGGGGGCCAUGCAAUAGACGUUUUAAAUGGAAUUCUUGAAAUGCACUUAUGUGCACAAUUUACUUUUGUGUUAAACGGGCUUGCAACUUUUCCUUGGAUCCGCAGAUUUCCUCCUUUUUUACUUCUCAUGAAUGCCAUUACAAAUUGAAAAAC